UCAUGCACCAGACGAUGUAAACAAAGUUGAAAGUACACGAAUGCAGAAUGAAUUGAACGAUAUUACAUAAUUACUUCCUUUUCUUAACUUGAUGAUACCCAAAACAUUUGCAAGAUUGCCUUAUUAGGGUAUGUAACUGUUAAUGUCCUUGAUAGGUUUUGACGAAAACAGAGAAAAGAACGACGAAAAGAAACUGCACUAAUUAACCGUCAAAGUUUGACUCGAACGGGUGAAAGAUUUGUUCAUGCAUCAUCUUUGUACAGAAAAUAGGUUAAUAGUAGAAUUUAUUUGAUAUUCUCCACCAUGGAACCUAUUAUAUGGAUUCCAGUUAUUUUGGCUGGAAUGAGCACAUGGCUGUAUGUAUUGUCAACCAAUAUACCAGAGUUAGCAGCAAACAGUACUCUUAAAGGUGAACUGAAGUUCCCUACAUCAUUAGAGGACAUCAAAUCUGUUUCGGACCUGUUGAUGAUGUACAAAGAUGAACAUUUUCUGUAUGUGCUCGUGUUAUUCUGCAGUGCCUAUAUCUACAAACAAACAUUUGCAAUUCCUGGUUCAGUUUUCAUGAACCUUUUGGCUGGUGCCCUGUUUGGAGUGUGGAAAUCUUUCCCUCUGGUUUGUUUCCUGACUGCUACAGGGGCCACGUGUUGCUACAAUCUGUCAAAAUACUUUGGCAAACAAUACGUUAUCCGUUACUUUCCAGAAAAAGUCAAAUUCAUGCAAGAAAAGGUGGAAAACAACUAUGACAGUUUGUUCUUCUUCCUUUUGUUCCUGAGAUUUUUCCCAAUGUCGCCAAACUGGUUUUUAAAUGUAUCAUCUCCAAUACUCAAUAUUCCGGUGCAUAUGUUCUUUUUCUCAGUGUUCAUUGGUUUGAUGCCCUAUAAUUUUAUAUGUGUCCAGACCGGUAGCAUGUUGUCUCAGAUCUCUAGUAUGGAGGAUGUGUUUACAUCAGGGACCCUUCUUAAGUUGGCAGCCAUUGCUCUGGUAGCCCUUGUGCCAAGUUUUAUCAUGAAGAAACUGAAGAACAACAAACUCAAAGCAGUGUGAACAAAAUUGAUAAUACGGUGCAAAAACUGUGUUAAAACUUUUAUUGCAAAUUAAUAAAAUUUGAAGUUGA